AUGGAUCCUCAUCCUCUCAUCCUCAUCUCAUCCUCACUCUUCCUCGAGGGGAGUACCACAUGGCAGCGUUUGGAAUUCACAACAGGCUACACGGUGGUGAAAGAACUGAGAGCUGGAGGCUUUGGAAGAGUGUUGGAAUGUGUGAAAAACAACACUGAAGAGCACGUGGCUAUAAAGGCGGAAAUCCUGAAAAAGCUCAUGAGCCACAACUCGAAGGAGUCCAACAUCAUUGAGUACAAAGGAGACUUCUUCAUAGACAAUAAGCGGCUCCUGGUGCUUGAAAAAUUGGACAUCGACCUGUGGGACUAUGUGGAGAGUUUACCACAGCCAAUGCGACUGGAAGACGUCCGCACAGUUAUUCAGCAGGUGGCUGUAGCUUUGAAUGCAGCAAAGAGUGCUGGCAUAAUCCACGGUGAUGUGAAGGAGGAUAACAUCAUGAUGGUGGAUCACGUGAAGCAGCCCUUCAGAGUCAAGCUCAUUGACUUUGGUAUGGCCAAGUACAGGUCGGAAGCCAAAGCAGGAGAGCUAUUCCAAGUACUUGAAUAUAGAGCUCCAGAAAUCACCCUGGGCCUGCCGUAUUCAGAGGCCAUCGACGUUUGGUCCUUAGGCUGCGUGAUGGCCGGGAUGAUGACUGAAGAUAGUCUCUUCGGAUCAGAAUCGGACUCAGACUCGGAAUACUGGAAACUCCGACGCAUGAUCCGUCUGCUGGGUCCGCCACCGCAACAUCUCAUCGAUGCUGGCCGGAGAUCACGAUUUUUUUUUCAGAAAGCGUCUAAUGGUUUGUGGCGGCUGAAGGUACAAUGCUCCUACUGUGAUUUUACCUCUGACCUUUACUCACUCAAUAAGAUAAAGACUUUAGUAAGCAUCAUUGUUUUCUUCUUUCAGACACCUGUUGAGUAUUUUGUGGCCCAUGUCAUCUACUCCGACCCCACAGUGUCCUCUGAGACGGACAACCCAGCAGAGGCCGAUGAGAGGAGGGAGUGCAUCGAGCUGUUGAAGGCGAUGCUUCGGUGGGAUGAGGACGACAGAAUCACCCCCAGUGGUAUCCUCAACCAUCCCUUCAUCACCAAAAGCUACCUCAACGGCAGCUCCCCCACCAGCAGUUGCGAUGAACCCAGACCCUCCACCAGCAAGUUCAUCACGGUUAAGCCUGCAGAUCCUGAAAACAGAAUUAACCUGACAGGCUUGCCUGAUGACGACAAAGACCUGAAGAGCAGUGAGCAUGAGGACAGUGACAAUGCUGACACUGCUGAAGACACUGACGACAGCGAGGAUAGCAAUGAUGAUGAAGACACCGAGCGUCAACAUCUCCAAUACCACAGGCCUGUUUCACGAAGCAAGUUCAAGAAACGCUGA